GCAUUUGUUUUCAUUUAAAAUCAUAAAUUAUUGUUAUUAGCAAAGCCAAUUGUUAAAGCUACAUCAUGAAACUGAGCACAUACAAUUUUCUAACCUCAAUGGCCAUUAAGGGCGUGAAAGUUGGUUAUCCACUGAAACUGACGAUUAGCAAAAAGGAUGUGGUUGAGAGCGAAUUUAAUCCAGUAUUUAUAGAGCGACUGCUGCCCAAGCUGGACUGGUCAGCCGUCUAUGGUGCCGCCCAGGUGGCGGAACUUGCCGAAGAUAUUCCCGCAACGCAACCCGAGAAUAUUAGCGAUGAUGAGCAGUUGUUGCAGAGAUUGCAUCAUUUGCUCUUUGAGAUCGAUGUGCUCGAGGGUCAGAUGGAGUGCCCCGAAACGGGACGCAUCUUUCCCAUCACCGAUGGCAUACCCAACAUGCUGCUAAACGAGGACGAAGUUUAAACUACAUUAAAAAAAUUAGUUUUAUAGUUUUAAAUAUCGAUUUAUGUAUUUUUCA